CACCUCCUUAUUAUACGCACGAGCUUUUCAGAAACUAGUGGUACUAUAAUCAACGAAGCGAGCCGUGCUUCCUCACACUACAAGCAGCGGGAGUCGCUCCUUUCCGUUUCCCUCGCGCUGACGUUCGGAUCGUGAGGAGGUGCGCUGCUCAACGUUAUGCUCGGGUUCUGCUCGAAAGCUCCUCCCGAAUCGCUCGCUUCCUCACUCUGUGCUCUUCUGCUUUCGCUUUAAGUUUCGCUGCACUUUUCUUUUGUCACGCGGCGGCGCGACUUUGUAACAAGGACGCCUCGCGCUCCUCCUGUCCUGGCGCCUUCCUUCCUUCGACUCGACGAGAUGUUCUCUCUGUCUUCCGCGAGGACCCUGAUCCACCCGGUGGUCGCGACGGCCCAGGUCGCCAGCUCCUUCUACGACACGGGUCUGCAGAUGGUUGUCAAGCUGAGAUGUUCCUCCAACGCCUCUUCCAGCCCCGAUGAGCAGCAGAGGGCCAUAUCGGACUUCUACAUGACCUACACCAUGAUCUCCAACCUGCUGCCCUUCCUGCCAGCCUACCUGUUGGCCAGGUGCGGAGACCGCGGCCGCAGGAAGGUGCCCAUCGCCGUACCCCUCGUGGGCUACCUGCUCUCCAGGAUGCUGUUGCUCGUGGUCCUCCUGUUCGAUUGGCCCAUCCAGGUGAUGUUUGGCGGAGCCGUCGUCUACGGCCUCUGCGGAGGGUUCUCCUCCUACUGGGCGGGUGUGAUGGCCCUGGCGUCGGUUACGUCGCGGAGGGAGCGCAGGUCUCUGCGGAUCAUGGCUGUUGAGUUGAUCUAUGGGCUGGCUGGUUUCGUGGGCAGUCUGGUUUCCGGACACCUCUUCCAGCUGUACGCAUCUGGAACGAAGCAAGGGACGAUUCUGGUGGCGCUGUGUGUCCUGCUCUACCUGUUUUGUCUGGUCUACGUCGUGUUGGUGUUGACACCUCCAGAGACAUUUGAAGACUGUGGUAGGGAGAGAAGAGAGUAUCCCACAAAGACUUGGCGGAGACAUCUGCCCGCCUUCAACCUCACCAUCGGCCUGCUGUUCUUAAGCGCCAUCCUGUAUGAUGUAGCUGUGGCUGGAGGGAUGGAGAUGCUCAUAUCUUUUGUGAUGAAGGCACCUCUGAGCUGGGACGCCACCCAGGUGGGCUAUGGCAACGCUGUGGGCUUCGUGAUCUUCUUCACCAGCUUCCUGGGGGUCUGGGUCUUCUCCAAGUAUGCGGUAGAUACCACCUUGGUCAUCAUUGGCAUGAUCUCCUUCGCAGCGGGGAUUUACUUCAUGGCAUUUGUGACUGCUACCUACAUGUUUUACCUGGCUCGAACCCUGACCGUGUUCGCCCUGAUUCCAAUGCCCACCAUUCGAUCCCUGCUGUCGAAGCAAGUCCAAGCGUCCUGUUGCGGCCGAAUUCUGCUUCUGCUCCAGCUGUGCUUUGCCCUCGCCAGUCUGGUGUAUUCGCCCAUCUUCACCAAGGUUUACCAGGCCACGCUCGACUGGUUCCCUGGGUUUGUCUUCCUGCUGUCCAGCAUCCUCACAGUCCUUGCCAUUAUACCUAUAAGUGUUGUUGGCUGUAGGACAGCAAGGCAGGAGAGCUAUGAGAGCCUAGAGGGCAACUGAUGACGCUGGAGCUGGAGUAAAAACAGUGUUCCACCAGCUCCAGCACGGAAGGAGUUAAUGCAGAGAGAGUAACCGGACAGACGGGUUCACCGCAGAAUGUUACCCCUCGGCUCAAUGCGUCAUGGAGCACAGCUUGAAGGGCUGAAGUCAAAGCAAAUAUGUGUGACGAUAUAUUGUUGCAUAGAACGGUGUGUAAAAUGAAGUGUCUGAAAAUGAAUCAAGCGGGAUUUUCCCGUAAUUUUGCAGCUGUAAAAAGGGUAAAUCGUUGUAAGGAGCCCAAGAUUGUAAAUCGCUUUAGUGGAAAGUGUGAGACAACUAAAUAAAUGUAACUGUACAUAGUAACGUUAGCAGCUUUUCUCUGAAAUGUAUUGGUGUUAAAACUUCUUUCCCAUAAUCUAGACAUACUUUUUAAAAAUGGUUACUGGCUGACAGUAAAGUAGCACUUUUUUAGGGUUUAUCGAAUGUACAAGUAAACUAAAACUUUGCUUAUAGGUUUAUUACAUGGUUUAAAAAAGGAAAGUGAUUGUAAGCGCACAAUACCAAAGUGACUGUUAAUAAUUUCAUAAGUGAUGUAUGAGAAGGUAACUUAUUGUGAUUCCCAUGUAGAAGAAGACGGUGGGGAAGUGUUUAUCGUCAGAAUGUUUGACACUGACUUUGGGGGCGAAAGGCCUCUGUGUCUUGACAGCUUGUAAAUGAACAACAAUCGACAGGUGAAACUGAAGGAUGUGAACUAUAGUUGUAUACGAGACCUUAUUUUGCGGUUGUGCAUAAAUAUCAGUGUAAAAUGUAUUAUGCUGUAUGUAUUAUUAUAUUCAUACAUGGUUUAAGUUUAUUACAAGACUGAUUUUAAGUGCGUUUGCAAUAUUGAAUAACUAACUAAU